AUGACGGCGGAGAUCCACACUCUUGCAGAUGAGAUGGAGGGCUACAUGCGACAUGUUUUCUUGACGGCAGCUGACCUUCUGGUCGCAGACAAUACACGUGGCAAGGCACUGUCUAAGUCAGCAGCUGCGCGCUUGGAACGCUUCGGCCAUGCCUUUCCUGAUUCGAAGAUCUUUGAUUUGUCCCAGAACCCAAACCAACGAGCCCGACUGGGAACAACACACUGCCCAACUUUGACAAAGACAUCGAUCAUCUGGCAUGUGGACGCUGGUCGGGGCGCUGAGCUUCUGAUGGCACAUGGGUUGCCAUUGGCCGAAUGGGCGUCCCGUGCAAUGGGGGUUGAUAAGUGGUUUGGCAAGGAGUGUGCCAAGAGAUGGGAUAUGUCUCCGCGCGAGAUCCAAGAUUAUUGGAUGCAAUGCCAGAACGAUCAGUCAGUGCCUAAAGGAACUGAUGAACGAGGCUUUCCGACCAUUGCCAAGCUGGUCCGACACAAAGUUACGUCUGGCCGGGAGAUCAAGCACGAACGACUCACGGUUGGUAUGGAUAUGGCGAUCGACACUGGCAUUUUUGAUUAUGCCAAUGUCAACUUUAUGUCUUCUUCAUUGCCAGCUGGUUGCCUCAUUACACCGGCGGGGAGCAAUCGAGCCUCCAACGGUGGCCGUGCUUCGGCCUCCAGCAGUGCUGGUGGAAAGAAACGGAAGCUGACAGAUGCAGCUCAAGCUCAAGCGGACGACGCGGAGGAUGAACACGACCCCAAGCCCAAAAAGAAGUCUGCGAAGCUGAGCGCCGGUGCCAAAGUGCGAAUUGACGAGAUGGAUCGCGAUCGACGAAAGCUGAGGCUGCACUUGCGAUUGGACAAAACCAUCAGCGAGACAAUGGUGAAUGUCGCGGCAACUUGCGCGUCUGCGAAGAAGUAUGCUGACAUGCGACAGUUCGUAGCAACUUUGUACACCUGGGUUGGUUCGACAAUUUCUUGCGUGCCGAUGCUUGUCGACGGUGCUGUGAAGAAAGUCCUCGACGACUGGGGGACGAACGGUGAUAGUUCCGUGGGCCCGGUGCACGAAGCCAUAGAAGCGGGCAUGAGUCCCAAAUCAAAGGCAGUGUCAGAUGCAGUAUUCAAGGUGGAAACGGUGCCCCCCGCGACGGCCAUCGAUGCUUUUGAUACACACAUGAAGUCCAAGCUGCAGGACUUGAAUGUGAUGCACAAGAAGCUGACCAAAAUGCUCAGCAAACAAUGUCCGGGGGAUGAUGAGGCCGCCGAGGCAGCUGCUGCAGCAGCACAGGCACGCAAAGAGCAAGAAGCAGCCGAAGCAGGAUUGAAACCAUCGGCAGCGAAAACACAGGAAGGGCCCAAGGAAUCCAAGGAUGCGUCUGUGGAUGAAGUGCCUCCAGAGGUGGACGGUGUAUGCACAUAUGGAUGCCGAUCCCUUGCCACCAUGCUUGAAGAACUCGGUGAUUUUAGAUCUCAGUCUGAUGAGUCUUGCUACAAGGCAGUGGCGGAGGGCUCAAAUGUGACUCUGCAUUUCCUCGAGAAUAUGGAGCCGUUGGAUACCAGUGGUUUCUCAGAGCCACAUGUCUUCAUGCCAUUAGGUGCGGAUGAUCCGGAUGAGAGCACAAUGAUUGAGCCGACGAUUGAGACCACGUCUCCAGUAUGGUUGAUCGAAGCUGUUGGAAGGGUGUUCUCUUUCGGUGAAGGGUCGGCUCUUGCAAAGCAUUUGCAGCCAUUGGAUUAUAUCAGUCAGCUCGCUGUCAAGCCGGAGAUCACUUCACAGUUCCCGCAGGCAAAAGACCUUAUGAUGCUCCGCUCCCUCGGCGAAGUGUCUUGUGCGCGGUUCCCCGCCAACUCCGUCCAAGUAGGGCCCACAGAUAAGAUGUUGGGCCGCGUGGUCCAUUGCUGCUUUGGCAAACGCCUCUACAUCGCAGCGUCUGUGGAAUCCCUGAGUGAAAGCUUCGCCACCCACUUCCAGCAGGAUGCAAAGACCAUUGGACAGCUUGCGAGCUGGCUUCACAAGCUGCCUUUCGACAGUCUCGAGGAGUUUGGGUUCUUCGUGAUGUUGACGGCUGGGGCCACACUUCUUAUUCCUCCCGGUACAAUCGUGGUGGAGUGUUGCUUGGGUGAUGUUGGCGCAACCGUGCUCUCGUAUCCUACCUUGCUUCCUGGUCAGUUUCCAGACGUGCAAACUCGAUGGGAGCAGGUGGAGAAAUUGUUGAACCCGGACAACGCAUCGCAGGUAAACCUUGGGCAUGCCAUAAGCUUCGUGCACAGGUUGAUCUUGGUCGCGUCUGUGAAAUCAGAACCUGAAGCUGAACUUGAUCGCGACGCUCAGCGGGGCUGUGAGGAAACUGCAGAUGCAACCAAGACCAGGGCGCAGGUUUUUCGAAUGCAAGUGUCUGUCUGGCUUUGUUGUCGUUGCUUGGUGGAGCUGAGUGUCUGGCUGCCUAAGGUUGAGGUGCGUCUGCCACCGGACACACAAGGUCCUGAGGAUGAACGGAGGGUCCCUGCAGCCAACGCAGCAGCAGCAACCGGUGGGCAGGUUCUUCGAGUGCAAGUAUCUGGUCUUGUUGUCGUCUUGUUUUGCUUGUCAAACUUAAUGCGGCGAGUGACUUGCGCCGAGCGCUUACCUGCCUAA